GCAACGUUUGCCAAAUACGGUUGUAUGUUAAUUACAUAUUGCACAAGAACUGGUGCAUUAAACACAUCCCUGUGCAUUACUAUUGCUAGUUGCAGAUUGAGUCCUGUAUAUAAACACAAAGUUAAAAUAAUUAUAAUUAAAAAUAAAUAAAGGCAAUUAAUAAAUCGACAGUGAAUAGUAAAGGAAGCAGUGCUUUCGUGAAUACAAAUUCAAGUUUAUUAUCAAAAUCGUGUUAAUGUGUAGUGUUUUCAAGGAUCCAAUCAAAAGCCGUUUGUAAUAUUUAUUCGAAAAUGCCGUUAACAACCUUGGGUAAAGAGGAUGACCUCUCCUUGGUUAUUGAUGAAGAACUCGCUUUACAACUGGCUGAAACGCAAGUCGAUAAGGGAGAUGUGCUGGCAAACCGCUUGGAGGAUAUUAGUGUGCAUUUAAAGCAAUUGAAUCACCUCAAUCAAUAUAUGCAGAUAACUGAAGAGUUGAAUGAACACAAGAAAAAUGAUGCAGGUCCAUCAACAUCAAAAGGCUGUCCAAUUACGCACAUGCAACGCCCAAUUCGUUUAAAAAAUAUUGAAGGCAAACCGGAAGUGUAUGACAAAUUGCAUUUGAAAGGACAAGAGAAUUUAUCAUGCUCAAAAACUACAUGUAUGAGCAGUGUUAUGGGCUUCUACACAGCUUCGUUAGAGCCACGCCCUCAAGAAGAAGUGCUCGAACAAGCUAAGGACUUUCUAGAGCAAUAUUUCACUUCAAUGAAAAAGGCAUCUAGUCCGCGGCAUGAGGCUCGCUGGAAGGAAGUGCAGAAAAGUAUUGAAGCAACUGGUGAAUAUCAGUUGACCGAGGCUGAAUUAAUUUUUGGCGCGAAGGCGGCUUGGCGUCAUGCUUCCCGUUGUAUUGGGCGCAUUCAAUGGUCAAAAUUGAAGGUAUUUGAUUGUCGUCAUGUGACCACCACGAAGGGCAUGUUCGAGGUCUUGUGUAAUCAUAUCAAAUACGGCACGAACAAGGGUAACAUUCGAUUUGCUGUAUUUGCUUUGGGUUCUUCCGCUUAUCCCAACUUUUGUGCCUUUGGCCAAUAUAUUGACAAUGUACUCGGUGAGUUAGGUGGUGAACGAUUGCUAAAGAUGGCUUAUGGUGAUGAAAUGUGUGGACAGGAACAGUCUUUCCGUAAAUGGGCACCUGAGGUGUUCAAACUCGCUUGUGAGACGUUCUGCUUGGAUCCAGAUGAGAGUUUAUCGGAUGCCUCGUUGGCUUUACAAAAUGAAUCCUUGACCGUAAAUACCGUGCGUUUGGUUCCCUCGAAGUCUCGUGGCUCUUUAGAAGAGUUGUUAUCCAAAUUUCAUAACAAAAAAGUGUAUUGUUGUUCCAUUAAAGAAGCCCCAAUUAACCUUACCAACAUUGGUAAUGGCGAAAGGACAACCAUUCUUCUAAAGAUUAAUGCUCCCGGAUUGGAAUAUGAACCAGGCGAUCAUGUUGGAAUAUUUCCCGCUAAUCGCGAAGAUAUUGUUGAUGGCAUUUUAAAACGAUUAACUGGUGUAGAAAAUAUGGAGGAAGUCUUGCAGCUACAAUUGCUUAAAGAAAAGCAUACAUCAAAUGGCAUUUUCAAAUUAUGGGAAUCCCAUGAUAAAGUGCCACCAGACUCGGUUCGUAAUUUAUUGUUGCGUUUCUUCGACAUAACCACACCACCAACGCGUCAAAUGCUCACUCUUCUCGCUGGGUUUUGUGAUGACAAUCAGGACAUGGAGCGUUUACAAUUGUUGGCUACUGAUUCAUCGGCAUAUGAAGAUUGGCGACACUGGCGCUUACCACAUUUAUUAGAAGUUCUCGAGGAAUUCCCUUCCUGUAAACCACCCGCAACGCUGGUGUUGGUUAACUUAAUGCCGCUGCAAGCUCGAUUUUACUCGAUUUCCUCUUCGCCACGUAAAGUUAACAACGAAAUACAUUUAACGGUGGCCAUCGUUCGCUAUCGGUCAGAGGAUGGUAAUGGUGACGAGCGUUAUGGCGUUUGUUCAAAUUAUCUGUCCGGCCUAAAUAAGACCGACAAAUUGCAUAUGUUUGUGCGUAGUGCACCUAGUUUCCAUUUGCCUCCUGAUCACGAACGCCCGAUUAUUUUGAUUGGGCCAGGUACUGGCAUAGCACCGUUCCGCUCAUUCUGGCAGGAAUUCGAAAUGUUACGUGAGCUUAAUGCGGAUGUACCCCUGCCGAAGGUUUGGCUCUUCUUCGGGUGUCGCAAUCGAGAUGUUGAUCUGUAUUCGAACGAAAAAAAGCAGUUGGUCCGUGAAAACAUAUUAAACCGCGUCUUCCUGGCUCUUUCACGUGAGUCUAAUAUACCGAAGACUUACGUUCAGGAUCUGAUAGAAAAAGAAUUCGAUUCACUUUACAAGCUGAUUGUUGAGGAGCAAAGUCACAUAUACGUUUGCGGUGACGUCACAAUGGCUGAGCAUGUUUACCAGACAAUCAGGAAAUGCAUUGCUGUAAAAGAGCAAAAAACAGAAACGGAAGUAGAGACAUUUAUGCUCACAUUGCGGGAUGCAAACCGUUAUCACGAGGAUAUUUUCGGAAUCACGUUACGUACCGCGGAAAUACAUACGAAGUCUAGAGCAACAGCACGUAUACGCAUGGCAUCUCAGCCAUAGAUAGAAAAAACAAAUACCUUUUUCGAUUUCAAUGGGCCCUAGAAUUUCUACGGAAGAUGCCAUGAACAUUUGUUAAAAAUUGUCCGUAUGGAACUUAAAACAAUUAAUUAUUUUCCAAAAGGCGCAUGGAUACACCCUUUAUUAAACAUAUUAUAUAAAGUAUGCUCUGAUAGCUAAAAUGGCAUUACUGUUAAUACAUAUCUUUACUAAAAUUUGAAUCUGUUUGAAAAAAAUUUCUUGUAAUCUGUGAUUUCCGAACAUUUAAGAUAUUUAGUUUGAAAUUUCGAGCAUUAAGCGUUACUUUGCUUACUCCAUAUUAAAUAAAUUGUUGUUAAGCUCUUAGUACCUUUAUACAAAUAUAUAAGGAAUAUAAGUAUACUAAGCACAAUGACAUACUACUACAUAUUACAGCACACUUAUACUUAACAUAUUGUAUUCAUCAGUAAUUUUACAUAUAUUUGACUAAUAAAAUUUGUUCUGUUCUCCAAAUCAUAAUAAAUGUUGAAAUACUCGAAUGUGUUUGCAAUUUCA